ACUCAGUCUUCCAACGCCGGCGAGCACGAUUUCGAAAUUAGAUUCGCGAAUCUGAUACUGUCCGACGCGCCGAAGAUUGCCGUGUGUACCGGCGAUCAGGUCGUUUUAACCGGAAAAGGUCUUGCGCACGCGCAGUGCGGUGAGACUGCGAUUUUCACAAUAGAUGGCUCCCGAGCAGGAUCAGGAAACCCGGAAGUAACACUUCACGCGUCCGAAAUGAACUUACCCAUACCAGUCAUGAUCAGCUUAGCUGGUGAAAAGAUUUGGCAGGCCAGUUACACGAUUAACAAUCCAGGAAAUUACUUACUCACGGUCUUGUGGGCCGGUCGCCCUGUUAAAGGAUGUCCGUUAAUGGUAGAAGCGAAAGGGGGAGCAGAUGCCUCUAAGGUUUUGUGCUCUGGUGAGGGGCUUCGACAAGGCGUCGUUGGAAAAGAAAUACGAUCAUGGAUUGACACAAGACGUGCCGGUCCUGGUGAGUUGACUGCCCACUGUACCGGACCUCGAAAAGUCGCAUAUUGUGAGCUUUACGAUCACGGAGACGCCACAUUCACUCUCAAUGUGAAACCGCAAGAAUCGGGGCGGCAUGCGUUAACCAUUAAGUACGCGGGGCAACACGUUCCUGGGUCGCCCUUCGUGCUACGCGUUGCAGGGGCGCCCGAUGCUAGUAAAGUUAAGGUUUACGGUCCUGGAGUUGAGCAUGGUGUGUUGGCCACAUUUCAAUCGAGGUUUAUUUGUGAUACUCGUGGGGCUGGCGCUGGUCAGUUAACAGUUAGAGUACGCGGUCCUAAGGGAGCUUUCCGCGUAGAGAUGCAACGCGAAAGUCAAAAGGAUAGGACCAUUUUAUGCAAAUAUGAUCCCACCGAACCUGGUGAUUACCGAGUUGAAGUAAAAUGGGCGGGUGAACAUGUUCCGGGUUCCGCAUUUCCUGUUAUGAUAUUUGAUACUCAAGAAGAACUUAGGCGUUAUUUGAAUAACAUGUAAAUUAUUUAAAAAAAUUGUUUUAUUUAUUUUAAUUGUAUUGUUUUGUUGAUUGUGGUAGAAGGGGACCUUCAUUGUUAUAACCUUGAGAGCAAUUGUAUUUUUAUAUUUACAGUUAUAGGUUUACAUCGGACAAUGCAUAUAUUUUUAUGUAUACGAUUAAUAAAGAUUGUUAAUUAAUUCACAUA